AUGUCACCAGGCGCAAUCUCACCUCUUCUGUCCGUCAAGGCGCUCACAUUCGACGUCUUUGGCACAACCGUCGAUUGGCGUACCUCGGUCAUUGACGAGCUGCAGCUGCGCAUCCAUCGCAAGCUCAAUACCGCAGACGGCGCUGGCGCUCCCUCCGCAGACUUGCGCGAGCGCCUCGAGAAUCUCAACGCCAACUAUGCCGGCGGCGAGACCGACCAGCAGGGCUGGACGGCUCGUUUCGCCGACGCCUGGAGGUCGUCGUACUGGCUCUUUGUGCGGUCGCAGGCCCGCGCGGGGGUUCAAGACGCGGCCACGUUCAAGACGACCGAGGAGCACUUCCACGACAGCCUGGUUGACAUUCUGGAAGAAUGGCAGCUCGAGGGGCUCUUUUCCGCGACGGAGAUCAAGUCACUGAGUCUGGUGUGGCACCGCCUCGUGCCCUGGCCCGACACCGUCGAGGGACUGGCGAGAUUGGCCGCGCCGCCUCUGCGCCUUCAGACGGCAACGCUGAGCAACGGCAGCACGAACCUGGUGCGGGAUCUCAACGACUUUGGCGACUUGGGCUUCCAGCAUCUGUUCUGCGCCGAGUCGCUCAAGGCGUACAAGCCGGCGCCCGAGACGUACCUCGGCGCCGCCAGGGAGCUGGGUCUGCGCCCUGACGAGGUGGCCAUGGUCGCGGCGCACAUGGCCGACUUGGAGGCGGCGAGAAAGGUUGGCCUGCGGACCGUGUAUGUGGAAAGGCGAAAGGAGGAGGAGUGGCCGGCGGAAAAGCUGCAAGAGGCCAAGGCGUGGGUUGAUCUCUGGGUCAAGGAGGACGAGGGCGGGUUUGUCGCACUGGCGAAGCGGCUCGAGGAGAUCAAGACAGAGUAG